UUCUUUCUCAACAGAUAUUACAAUCAAAUGGAUAAAACAGCUAUAUACUACGACAUCAACUACUCAAAGAGUGUUGGCUCCUUGAAGAUGGACCUGUACGAGCCCUCUCUCGAUUCUGUUGACUCAAAGCACAGAUUCCCUCUUCUCGUCUUUGUUCACGGUGGAUUUUGGAUGGACAGAGAUAAGUCUGAGUACACAUCACUAGGCCGCUUCUGGGCGUCACAGGGUCUUAUGGUGGCCAUCGUCAACUAUCGUCUCAGUAAGAAAGCUCACAAGACACCAGUCCACUAUCCAUCGCACAACAACGACCUGUCUGCUGCCAUCCGCUGGUUGAUCACCAACCACCAAGACUACAGAUAUGAUAUCAACAACAUUAAUCUCAUGGGUCACAGCUGCGGUGCUCAUAUGGUCUCGAUGAUCACGCUGCAACAGCAACACUACUUGCAUGCGAACACCAACGACCCUUUGCCUCCAUUCAAAAUCACUCGUGUCAUUGGCAUUCAAGGUAUCUUUGACAAUGUUCAGUUGGAGAAAGACUUCCCAUCCUAUCUCGAGAACAUCCAGUUUGUCUACAACACUGAUGACAGAACACAAUGGGAGUCACCACAGCAGAUCAUCGCUUGCACCGACCAAGACAACUCUCUUGUUACCUCUACUGCUUGGAUGCUUGUGCACGCCCCCACUGAUGAAUGGGUCAACUCUAUUCAAUCACAUAACUUUGCAAAGCGUCUACUCGAACAUUGGAAGUGCCAAGACGUUCGCGUCUUUGAAGAUCUUACUGGUGCCCACUUUGAGGUAGUAGUUCAGCUUGGCGAACCUGAUCACAGCUCUUUGAAUGGACUGAGACAAACUAUCAAAGAGUAUAUC